AUGCACUCCGACUAUGAUACCACCAACGUCAUGCACGGGGCGAAAACGACCGCCGAACUCGACAUUUAUCGGGGAGAGCCAAAGCCCCGCCUGGAACCCCUGCUUCUGGAUACUGUGAUGCAAGGUCGGCCUCGUGUAUCCAAUUGCCGUUUGCUUCAGAUACCGAGCGAGAUCCUGGCCAAGAUCGUCAGCUUCGUCGCUGAGGAUAGGAAAGCCUUGCAGCAGCUUGCCCUCGUUAACUCUGACUGCUGCGGGCUUUCCCGUGCUUGCCAAUUCUCCGACUUCACAUUCGACUAUAGUCCGAAUAAGUUGAAGCUUCUGCUCCAACUCGCCGAGGACUCGCGUGAGGGCCGCGUGGGCCCAGGUAUCAAAGAUUGCGUUAGGAAAUUCACCUUCAAACCCGACCCAUACCAUGCUCGCGCUGUUCACAGUGAAGCCUGGCAGAUGUUCCAAGAGGAUCCCGGUGAUGGAUAUGAAGAGACUGGUGAAAUCAAGGAACGAGCUGCAUCGGCCUUCGCGGGGGUCCAAAGGAUUGUGGUCAUCAGUCUCCACGCCAUGCGCAACCUCGAGACCCUGGUUUGGAGUUGCAAGUUCCCAAUUAAGAAAGAGACUCUCUCACUCUUUACCUUAACCACAGCCCAUAAUCUUCUUAUCAACGGCGCUCUUAUCUCUGAGGAUUUCUCCCUAGGGCCUCCUAUGACCCCGGCGUCCUGGCCCUUGCGAUCUCUCGUUUUGAUGAACGUUAGGUUAAACUCUUUUCCAGCUUUGUUCCCCAACUCUCGAAUCACUGGCUUGGGAGACAUGGAACCGCGAACCGUGGCAGCCUCUCUCUCUUGGAACCGAUUCAAAGUUCUUUCCCAAACUACAAAAGCUGCGAAUCAAACACGGUCGCGAUGCAAUAGAUGGACCAAGUUUUACUUCUUUCCUAUCGGCGCCCCUCAAGUCUCUCGAACUGGCACAUUCAGCUUUUCGGAAUUUGAUGAUAUCAUUCGUUCUCAGGUCGAAGAGCCAUAUCGGGAUCUUGAAGAGCUUGUCGUUAAUCAUGAUGAUGACUCUCAGCUUGUCACAGAAUUUAUCCACAAGCACAAUAAUCUGAAAAAGCUUUGGGUCACUCAGGGCUACUAUAUGUCCGGUGUUGAUACUUCUUUCGAUCGAUUUUUGAUCCCUAGCCUUUGGAAGGGUCGAUUUAACAACCUCCUCUCCUUGUAUAUUCAAUGGGGAGCUCAAAACAAGGAUGCUGGCCGCGACGAAGACCAUUUUGACAUUAUGCCGGAGUCCCUCGCGGCUAUCUGCGAGCUUACAACUCUGGAGCAACUGGGCCUGCGCUGUCUUGAGAUGAUGCCUGAGUUUGAAUCAUACGAGGACUUCACAGAUGACACAUAUCCCGUCUGGCUCAUCGACCAUGGAAGGCUGCAAGCUCACCUGCAAAAUCUCAAGAACCUUAAACAUAUCGAUUACUACAAGUCGAUCUUCGCGAACGAAGAAGAUUACCAGACCGCGAAGGAUCACCCAGAGCUCGCUCCCUUCGUACAGGGCCCUUAUGAAUCAAAGUUGGCAUGGCAGCAUGCACAUUUGUAUCGCAUGCUUGAGCAUACAAGGAGUUACCGAAAAGUGUUACCAAAAUUUGAAUGGAUCCUUUGUGGACAACGGCCGAUGAAAUUCAUAGAGAACCCCGAGGGGGUUGUUCAGCCCCAUCCCGUCGGUAAAGAGAGGGAUGAGUGCAAAACAUUCGUCGGAAGAGUUUUUGGCCUUGCUUCAGAGGUCGAAAUAGCACAUGAAAUGGCCUAG